AGACCUCCAGCACUGGGAGGCUCCCAGUGGAUCAUCACUCACUCACAAGUCUCCAUGAGAUUUCCUCCAGGUGUCCACAAGACUGAAUUACAUGAACGUGAUGAUCAGGAGACAUCCGUCGGUGUGGUUUCGUUCUUCUGGACCAGGAGGUGACUUGAGUAUGUGAGUUAUGUGUCCAACAGUCACUUGUCCCUCUGUGGACAGCAGCGCCCCACGUGAGCCUGAUGGGGACAUGAUUUGUCUUAUUGUCCAAUGCUAUGCACCAACCACACCGUCACAUUCUUGAUGUGUCUGACACUUACUUUGUCAUUAAAUGUUCCUUAUUCCUCAUUCCUGACACACAGGUGUCCAUUGUUUGUAGGACAAAGACUUUAUGACUAACAGUCAUCUGCACUGUUUGCACUCGAGUCACACGGAAGUGUGAAGGUUCUUCUCAGUUCACCUGCGUCACACCAUUUUCAACCUGAUGGAAACGCUGAUGUAGAAGUACUAUUACUGUCAUUAUUCAUAUGAAUCAAUUUUCUAUUACUGUCAUUGUUAAUAGGAGGUUAGGGUAUAUGUAAUAUACCUGUUCUCCUGAUGAACCUGUCGUGGAUCGGUCUCUUGGCUCGUUGGUUCUUGCACAUCACCACCGGGCAGCUUUCUUUCCAACGUGUCACUGAGCAACAAACUGGACCAACUUCAGCUGGUGAGGACAGAGACUUUUCUACAUACUGUGCAUCACGGAGACGUGUCUCUGUGCUUCAUGGAGACGUGGCUCUGUGGAUCGAUACCAGACCGCGACACGGAGCUCUCCGGAGGCCCAGUGGACACUCGAUACGGACCAACCCUGACUCCUCGGUUAUUGUCCUCUGGGACUUUAACAAAGGGAACUUCCUAACUGUUUAUGAAAUGCCCAUCAGAGAGGAGAAACACCUGGAUCACUGUUACACCACACCUGCCCAAUAGCCGCUUUAAAAAGACCCCCCACCCCCAUGUCUAAACCAUGGUGACGCCCUUGCUUAGAGGUGUGCCGUCUCUCCCGGCCUGAGGGGGGGGGGGGGGUAUGGGGGGGACCUGAUGUCCGUCCCUCUGCUCGGGAGCAACGAAUCGCUUCUCGUCAGAAUCAGAGCUCUCAGAGAAGGGCAGCUGCUCCGCUUUGACUUCCUGCUUGUUAUCGGUCGAUUUCUGCUUCGGAUGCAGCUCAACACAACAGCUGUUAUCGAUUAGCCCAAAACGCGCCGGUCUCAUGGAGUGUCAGCACGCCGCCGUCGGCGCGCUGAGCUGGGCUCUGCUCCUCGGAGGAGCCGCGUACCUGCUGAAGCAGACCCGGAGCCCCGCGCGGUACGGCCGCUACCUGGCGGCGGGGGGCCGCACCUGUCCGGCCCGGCUGGCCUGGUUCCUGCAGGAGGUCCCGGCUCUUCUGGUGCCGCUGCUGAUGCUCACAGGAGACCGGACCGAGAGCACCGGGGACCGGACCGGGAUGACGCUGCUGCUCAGCACCUUCGUGCUGCAUUACUUCCACAGGAGUCUGAUCUACGCCGUCCUGACCAGAGGACGCCCCGUCCCGCUGCCCAUCGUCCUCUCCGCCGCCACCUUCUGCUCGCUCAACGGCUUCCUGCAGGCUCAUCACCUGCUGCACUGCGCCCGCUUCCAGCACACCUGGCUGAGGGACGCGCGCCUGGCUGCAGGUUUUCUUCUCUUCAUGGUCGGGAUGAUCGUCAACAUCCACAGCGAUCACAUCCUGCGAGGCCUGAGAAGACCCGGAGAGACCGUCUACAGGAUCCCCCACGGGGGAAUGUUCGAGUUUGUUUCUGGUGCAAACUUCUUGGGGGAGAUCCUGGAGUGGGGGGGUUAUGCUCUGGCCUCGUGGUCUCUACCGGCCACCGCCUUUGCCUUCUUCACCGUGUGCUCCAUCGGGCCGCGGGCCUACCAGCACCACCGGGACUACCAGCAGAGGUUUGAGGACUACCCUCGCAGCAGGAAGGCUCUGAUUCCAUUCGUCCUGUAGAGAAAGAGAGAGAACACGCCCCCCCACUGUGGAUGGUCCUUGGUGUUGUCUGAGCCUUCUGUAUGUAGGUGAGAGUCCGCCACACCUGGGGACGGGCUGGUAGAACCAGUCAGACCAGUUAGAUCCGGACUGGGGUCGCAGUAGGAAACGUGAGCUCGUGUUCACACCCCUUUACAUCUUUCACUCUUUGUUUCAUUGCAGCCGUUUGCUCAAAUCCAAAAAGUUCAUUUUAUUUCUCAUUAAUGUACACUCAGCACUCCAUCUUGAUAGAAAAAAACAGAAAUGUAGAAAUCAAAUUUAAUAAAAAAGAAAAACUGAACUUUCAGUCCUCGGACCCUUUGCUCAGAACCGAGUAGAAGCUCCUUUGAGCUCGUACAGCCUCGAGUUCUUGAAUGAUGCAACAGGUUUUUCACACCUGGAUUUGGGGAUCCUCUGACCUUCUUCCUUACAGAUCCUCUCCAGUUCCGUCAGGUUGGAUGGAGAACGUUGGUGGACAGCUAUUUUCGGGUCAAUUGGGUUUAGUUCAGGGCUCUGUCUGGGCCAGUCAGGAAUGGUCCUUGGUUCUGUUAGCUGGGUGCUGAGCCUUGGGCCCAGUCGGAGGUCCUGAGGACUCUGGAUGAGGUUUUCUCUGCACUGGGCAUCUUUCAACACUACAGGACUCCAAUGAAGGUGUAGAACCAUCUGAAGGAGACACCAUGUGAGUUAAAUAUGAGUCACAGCAACGGGUCUGAAUACUAAUGACAUGUGAUGUUGGUUUUCUU